CAAAACGGUGUAAAUAAGUAAAACAGAUUAUCUACGUGUAUACCUAAAAAUAUAUUUCCUAAAAAAAUGUCAAAAAUGACAAUAUCUCUAAUAUACGCCCAAAGUAAACAAUGGUUGAAGCCAUGGCACUGACGAACUUGAGUUUGUUUCGUCCGAAGAAGACUGAUAUGGUGUAUCGUCAACGUCAAGCGACGCCUAUGAAAGCGCCGCCCACUGCACUGUCAAAAAUCCUCUCACGAAGCGCUGAGACCUUGGUAGCUACAACUAGAUGCGGCAAAGAAAUCAAGACCCGCAAAGCAAGAAGCACCGAACAACCAGGUGAAAGCAUUGUGAAGGGGGGCAGCUCCCUCGUCCUGCCAUCACUAGGCAAGUGGGGUGACGAAGACAGUCUGAAAAGCAGGUCGAGAAAUGGGAGCGGUAGUAGUAGAACCGGCAGCGUGGACAGGAGCACACAAGGAUCCAUAGCCAAUCUAAACGCUGAUGAAGAUAAUAUAAAUGUUGUAGUCAGAGUUCGUCCAGUUAAUGACAAGGAACGUUCGCUGCGUGAGCGACACAUGUUAGAGUUCCCGGGUAAAGGGCAGAUCAUCUGCCACGGAACGACGCCGGGACAGAAGCCUAAACUAUUCUCAUACAACGUUGUCUUUGAACCAGCUGCAACACAAGAAGAUGUUCUUGAAUAUUCUGGUAUAAAACGUCUACUAGAGAUGGCGGUCGAAGGGUUCUCGUGUACAGCCUUCUGUUACGGACAAACGGGCAGCGGGAAGACUCACACUCUCACCGGACCACCGGGACUCGUGGAGAGUGGAGCAAGCCCUUACGCAGCAGAGCAUGGGCUCGUGGUGCGUUCCUUCGUGUAUCUGUUCCAACUUCUCCGGGACAAACCAGACAGCCACUUUAUUCUUAAGGCGUCUUUUUUGGAAAUUUACAAUGAAAAGGUGAUCGAUUUACUAAAUCCGGGCAAUUCGAGGAAACCGCUUCAAGUGAGAUGGUCCAAGGAAAGCCGCAGCUUCUACGUUGAGAAUCUUUUCAUGGUCGAUUGUGAGGAAUUGGACGAUCUGUUCGCUGUUUUAGAAGAAGGCAUGCGCAACCGCGCGGUGGGCGCGCACGCGAUGAACGCGCACUCGUCUCGCUCGCACACCGUGCUCAGCGUGCGCGUGCGCGGCGACGUGCGCUCGCACCGCGACGUCACGUGCUCCACGCACGGGAAGAUCAACUUCGUGGACCUGGCCGGCAGCGAGGUCACCAAGCGCACCAACAGCACCGGCAAGACCUUGGAGGAGGCCAACAACAUCAACCGGAGCCUCAUGGUCCUGGGAUACUGCAUAGCACAGUUAAGCGAUGGUAGAAAGAAGGGUCACAUACCGUAUCGGGACAGCAAGCUCACUAAGCUGCUAGCUGAUAGUUUAGCUGGGAAUGGUGUUACAUUGAUGAUCGCUUGUAUAGCCCCGACUAAGUCCAAUUUGAACGAGACGAUCAACACGCUUCGCUACGCCGCUCGCGCCAAGAAGAUCAAGUCCAAGCCGAUUGUCAAAAUGGACGCAAGAGACGCGCUGAUCCUGAGUCUGAAGAGGGAAGUGGAAGCUCUGCAAGCAGAGAACCAUCAUCUCCGAGCCGCUAUCCACGUACACUCCGAUUACAACGCGGACUCGUUUAGUCAAAGGAACCGCGUCACGCCGUCGAUUGAAGCGAACAAGUUGUACCAACUCCCGCAAACAGAGUUGGUCGAGCUGGUCCAAUUGCAUAUGGCGGAGAAUUCAGCACUGAGGCAAGAAAAUACUGAACUAUUUGUAACGAGAGACCAACUGUUGAGGGAUCAGGAACUUCUGAGCAGGGAGAACGAGAGGCUUCUGAAGAAAUUGGAAGAUGUCAAUUCUGUUUGUACUCGAUCUCCGAUAAUACCAGCAAGGCCAGCGUAUUCUGAUGUUGGUACCAAUGAAGCAAACAUUUGGACCAACCCAGUCAGCACAUCCAACAGUAUCAUCAGCGAGAGAAGUUAAAACAAAAUUAUCAAAAAUAUAUAUAUAUUUAUAUAUAAAUACAUACAUACAUUUAUAAAGCUAUAUAAUAUAUGGUAAAAUUAUGUAGGAAAUUGAAACACUAGUAUUUUUGAAGUACAUAUAAUUUAUUAGAUUUAAUUCUAGUUUAAGGUAUAAUAAAUGGAGUUGACAAUAUUAUAUCAUAUUAAGAUAUGAUUUGGUAGUUGGCUUGCUUUCAAAAUCAAAUAUAU